CCCUGAUCUGGCCCUGAGGGCCGUCAUGGCUCUUGGCAGACUGCGCAGUUGUCACAGUGUCCUCACGGGCACCGAAAUGCUACGUGCUCCAGACACAAGUCCAUAGCUUUCAGGGGACAAGGACACUUCUCUUCCACUGCCAGCUUGUUCUUCUUCAUCUGCUUUUUGAGCAGGCCGUUCCCCCCUCUCUUCUCUCCUUCUACCGACCUCCCUGACCACUCUCUCAAUCCCAGGGUUAUUUGACCUGUUGUCUCGCGGGCAGCCAUUGUAGCAACCAUGAGUGGUCUCCGUUUCCUCGAUCUCAUCAAACCCUUUACGCCCCUCCUGCCGGAGGUGGCAGCACCUGAGUCCAAGGUUCCAUUUAACCAGAAGUUGAUGUGGACAGGAUGCACACUACUCAUCUUUUUGGUCAUGAGCCAGAUGCCUCUGUAUGGCAUCGUCUCGUCUGACACGUCCGAUCCGAUCUACUGGCUGCGUAUGAUGUUGGCCAGUAACAGGGGCACGUUGAUGGAGUUGGGAACAACGCCCAUUAUCUCUUCGGGAAUGGUUUUCCAGCUUCUGGCCGGUACUCACCUUAUCGAUGUCAACCUUGACCUCAAGUCUGAUCGCGAACUAUACCAAACUGCGCAAAAGCUGUUUGCCAUCAUUCUUUCUUUCGGCCAAGCCUGCGUUUUCGUCCUCACUGGUCUCUACGGCCAGCCAAGCGACCUUGGUGCCGGUAUCUGUCUGCUUCUGAUUGUCCAGCUGGUCAUUGCUGGUCUGGUGGUUAUCCUGCUCGAUGAGUUGCUGCAAAAGGGCUAUGGGUUGGGAUCUGGUAUCUCUCUCUUCAUCGCUACAAAUAUCUGCGAGUCCAUCAUCUGGAAGGCAUUCUCCCCGACGACGAUCGAUACUGGGCGUGGCAAGGAGUUUGAGGGUGCAGUCAUUGCGCUCUUCCACCUCCUCGUCACUUGGCCAGACAAGACCCGUGCCCUGCAAGAAGCCUUCUACCGACAACACUUGCCCAACAUCAUGAACCUGCUCGCGACUUUGGCAGUCUUCGCCGCAGUCAUCUACCUGCAAGGCUUCCGCGUCGAGAUUCCGGUCAAGUCCUCCCGUCAACGUGGCAUGCGCGGCUCUUACCCCGUGCGCCUCUUCUACACCUCGAACAUGCCCAUCAUGCUGCAAUCCGCUCUUGCGUCCAACAUCUUCAUGAUCAGUCAGAUGCUUUACACUCGAUUUUCGGACAAUCUUCUGGUCAAGAUGCUUGGAACAUGGGAACCAAGAGAAGGAUCGUCUCAGCUUUAUGCAUCUGGUGGCAUUGCUUACUACAUGUCACCCCCACUCAGCUUCCGCGACGCGCUUGUCGACCCCAUCCAUACGGUCAUCUACAUUACCUUCAUUAUUGUGACAUGCGCCGUCUUUUCCAAGACCUGGAUCGAGGUGUCCGGUUCUGCCCCACGGGACGUUGCGAAACAACUCAAGGAACAGGGUCUUGUCAUGGCUGGUCAUCGUGAGCAGAGCAUGUACAAGGAGUUGAAGCGGGUCAUUCCUACUGCUGCGGCUUUUGGUGGUGCCUGUAUUGGAGCUCUCUCUGUUGCCAGUGAUAUGCUUGGAGCACUUGGAAGUGGUACUGGUAUCUUGUUGGCCGUCACCAUCAUCUACGGCUACUUUGAAAUCGCUGCCAAAGAGGGCGAUUUUGGCGGUAACCUCAAGGGUUUAAUUGCUUGAGCUUGAGCCUGAGAUGGUGAAUAAGGGGCAAUAUAGAGCAAUAACCUUAUUGAUGACAGGAGGGCUAUGUCAUUGAACUAAAAAAGUGUGCCGUUUUUCUGCAUAGCAUGGGGGAGUGUCGCCCUUUUGGUGUGGAGUGACACAGAUAUGAAGGUGAUUGAAUAACUUUGUGUACAGUAGCUAUGUUGUUGGGUACUUACUGUACUGCACUGUACUUUUAACGGGCAGGCGAGGACCCAAAUAGCAGGAGCAGAAAUUCAAGAAGUCAAGUCCA